AUGAUUCGGCCAAAAGAAGAAAUCGUCGUGUCGUUCCUGGUUCAACCGCAGAUUUCCGUCGACGAGAGGCGAACCGUCUGGCUGCUGAAAGAUCACGUUCUCAAUGCCAAAUUACGAACCGAACUCGCUCGUCUAGAGGGAAACCCUGACGCACAAAUUACCACACAACAUGUUGAUUCUUCUUCCCUCCCACCCGAGAAUCACGAACAUGUCGAAGGGGAAGAAAGAGCUGGUAUGGGACACGGAGAAGAAAAUGUUGCCGCUCAACAAGAGAAUCAUUCCAGAACCAUCUUAGCUGCUCUCAUGUCCGAUCCCAGCAUAUCUGAUACUUUUCACGACGAUGGGACACAUGAUCCACAUGAAUGGAUGCAAGGAGUGGAGAAUUUCUUUUCAGAGGCCGCAGCGGGUGAGACAACUGGAAGAUUAGGUGAAUUAGCAGAUGUAGCUGCUGGAAGAGACGACAAGGAUAAGGCAUCCGAUUCUGGUGAAAUGGAAAGAGGAAGGAAAUUCUCUUUGAAAGCUUGUAAAACAGCUGCGGAUACGGAUAUGGCUAUCGCUAUGAAUGCGGAGAUGGAGAAGAUUAUAAGAGAUGAUCUAGCUAGUACCAAAGCCGCCAUCGCUAUCCUUGAUCGAAAACUUGCCAAUUUACGAACUUCCGAUGAACCCUCAAUUGAAGAUUAUGAUUUCAAUUUACCCGAAGAAUUUAUAUCGGACGAUCUUGCGGUGUUAGAGGCGAAAGAAGUCGACAUGAGAGAUAACUUGGAGGAAACAGAAUCUAAUCUGCCCAAGUUACGCGAGACGAUGUUAAAAGCGAGAGACGAGAAAGUUUCUUCUGAAACACGUCUGGCGGGUUUGGCACAUGAUCUAUACGAAUUGAUCGAUAGAGGAACGGCCAGCGAUAAAGAAUCGAUCUUGAACAUAUUACGAGCUUUGGGAGGCUAUGUAGGAGGUUUAUAUGGAGGUUUACCUAUACCUGCACCAGGAGCGGAAAACGAUUUACCGACUUCUGCUUAUUCCACACCUGCCAUUGCUAGAAGAAGAAGGGGAAGACCUCCUAAACAAAGACCUUUGACAAAGAGUAAAACUCCAAGAACGUCAAAGAGAAAAUCUAAAUCAUGGACAGUUGGUCCUAGUAGACUCCAUCAACAAAUAUCCUCUUCUGAUACGGUAGACCAAACAGAGUCGACAAACCCUACAAACCACUCCGAUGCGAUCAACGCAUCUACGAUGGAAUCAAUCGCAGAGGAUGGGUUUCAAGGGAUAGAAGAAACGGAUCCUACAGGAGCUUACAUCUUAAAGAUUCAUCAAGAAAUCAAUGGCGGAAUGGGUGGCAUUGGUCCUGCUACUUUUGCCGAUCUUCUUCCUGCUGAAGAACAAAUGCCUGUUCAUAUAGAGACGGAAACAAAUGUGGAAGCUGGUCCUUCGACUUUACAACAAACACAAACUCAGCCACAAGGUGAAAGUGAAAUGAUGGAAGUAGUGGAAGGGACGGGACAAGAAGUUGGAAUACCUUCUGUUUUGUCUAGGUUGAAAAAAGGUCCAUUGGGAAGUUGUGAUAUUUGUGGAAGAACCGAGACUACGGUAUGGAGAAAGUUGGUUUUAGGUGGACAGGACCAUAAAGUUUGCAACGCUUGCGGUCUGUACCAUACUAAAUUCGGUGUGAUCCGUCCACCAGAAUUAUGGGGUGAUGGAAGAAGUGUCAAAAAACGUCGAUCAACAAUCCGUCUUUCAACAUCUUUGACAGAAGAUGGUCAACCUAAAAAACGUAAAAAGGUCAAAGAGACGAUGAAUGACGAAUCGUAUGAGUAUCAAAAUGUCAUUGAAAAGACGGGGGAAUAUGUUACUUAUCCAGAUGUUGGUAUGAGUUCCGAAGACCAAGAUCAUGAUCAGGAUGAAGAAUUGGUAGAAGGGAGAGUGGAAGAGGAAGAUGGAGGGGAAGAAGCGGAAGGUGAAGGUGAAGGUGAAGAUGUGGAUAUGGAUAUGGAUAUGGAUUUAGAAGUUGGUCAAACUUUGUUUGAAGUUUCGUAG